CCAUCAUUGUUAGUAAAUACGAUCCAAAAUUCCCUCCUAAGAGAGCCUGUACCAAUGAAAGCACCGACAAAUAAUGAAUUAAACGAUGAUAGAGCAAAUAUAUUAUAUUUUAAUUAUUUUAAAAAUAAAAUUAUUAUGAUAAAUAAUAUAAAAUAUCAGGUACUCUUCAAAAAAUAGUUCAAAAAUAAAACUGCACCAUAUCCCAUUAUAUUAAUGGUUUGUAGUUGAGAUGGGAAGGCAUAUUCAUUCCUUGUCCAUAUUUCGUAAUGCAAUUAGCAAUUUGAUUUUUUUUUAAAAUGUUAGAUAGUUUAUUAUUAUGAUCGAUACACUUGUGGUAGCGAUCAGAAAUAAGACGUCAAUGUUGACACCCCGAACACAAAAACAAGUGGGCUGGUAAGAGAAUAUGGAUUUAAAUAUUCUAAAGAUUGCCUCUUAAUUAUUUGCGACGUUCUUUAAAUUCAAGAGCUUGUGAUUCUCUCGCGAAACCAAAGCCUGUCUUUCACAUUUUUUAAUUUUUCCCUUCUCUCUUUCCCAAGAAGCUUUGGUUUCAGAAUGCAAAUAUUUUGAUCCAUUCCUUGUCAUUCUCAAAAAAGCUUUCUUGGGUCUGCAAAGUGAAGAUAAAUCCCAAGUGCUUUGACAGCAAGCAAUAUGAGCAAUAACGCAACCAAUCCAGUAACUCAGCCUCUCAUUCCAAUGUUGAAAGUGAAAGGAGCAAAUUAUGAUUUGUGGAGUCUGAGAAUGAAGACCAUGUUCAAGUCUCAAAGGCUAUGGAACUUGGUGGAGAAUGGAUUUGAAGACAACCAACCUGGCAAGCCUGAUAAAAAGUUGCAGAGGAAUCGUGACAAUGAUGCAAAGGCUCUGUUUUCAAUUCAACAAGCCCUAGAUGAUGAAAGUUUCCGUCUCAUUGCACCAGCAACUACCUCCAAAAAAGCAUGGGACAUUCUAAAGCAAGAAUUUGACAGUAAGGUUAAACUAGGCACAAGGAAAGAAGAGAAGAAGAAAGAGAUAGAAGAGGAAACUUGUAUAAACAUGGUAGAUCACUCUGAUGUGGGUAAGCAUGAAGCACCUAAACAAACAGGUGCAGAAGCGGAGAAGAACGAUGUCAAAACAAAUUUUGAGAAUGCAGUAUUAAUUGUGGUGGCUUUAAUCAUAACGCUGUCAUACCAAGCUAUGUUGAAUCCUCCAUCAACACUCAUCAAAGAGGGUACUGAAAUACAAUGGGCAUGCCUUACCAAUAGAAUAAAACAUGGCUUGAUAAAAGACAUGAAGAAUUGUCCAUCUAAAUUGGCUUUUGCUUUCUUGUUCUUCAACACUCUAAUCUUCUUUCAAUCCAUCAUCCACCUGAUCAAGACUUUGCGUGGCCGUCGUGCAUUCCUGCUGGGAGGGCUCGCAUGCUUAUUUUGUAAUAACGGUACUGAUAAUUGCAACGGAUAGAGAGAUGAUAACUGAUAUAUUAAAAAUCAGACGCCACAAUAAUCCCUUUGCGGCGUUUGGGGCAUGCUUCAUGAGAGGUAAGUUGAUGUUAAAAAAAUAAAUAAAUAUUAUAUAUACAUUGAUAAUUAUAAUUUUUUAUUUAAUAAUGUAUUUAAUAUUUUCGCCAUUUGCUUUCUUUUGAAAAGGAUGUGUUAGGUACGUGAGGGAAUGGUGGAGUUGAAUGUUCAACCCUAACAUCAAUAUGGUGGCUGCAAGAGACCAACCACGACUGCACAGAGUAUGAAUAAUACAUAUUAAGCUGGAAAGAGGAAGGCGAAUAAAAUGUGAUUUUGUUCUCUUCUUUAUUUUCAUAUCAUUUGGGUCGGUCAAGAAUUUUUGACUAUUUGCCCAUAGCCUUUUGG